UUGAGACCAAAUUUUAUUUGAGUGUAAAAUUACUUACUAGAACUGUGCAAAUGGCUUCUUCCUUAUGCUUCUUGGUGUUGUACUUCUUGCUAUUGUCCUUGUACGUCACCCAAAUUUCAAGAGCAGAAGAAGAUAUUGUUGAAGAAGGGAUUCUUUACAUUGAUGGGUUUUCUUCAAUUGCAAAAAUUGAUGAAGAUUUUAUUUGUGCAACUUUAGAUUGGUGGCCUCCUAGUAAAUGUGACUAUGGAACUUGUAGCUGGGGAAAUGCUUCUCUUCUUAAUCUUGAUCUAAGCAACAAGGUAUUUUUUAAUGCAAUUAGAGCGUUUUCUCCGUUAACAAUUAGACUUGGAGGCACAUUGCAAGAUAGACUAAUAUACCAAACGAAGCAUGAUAAACAACCAUGUACUCCUUUUCUCCGUGAUGAUACAGAGCUGUUAAAAUUCACCCAAGGUUGCUUGCCUUUGUCUCGUUGGGAUGAACUCAGCGAAUUCUUCAAGAAAACGGGGGCAAAAGUAACUUUUGGGUUGAAUACUUUAAAUGGAAAGAAAAUAGCUUCUGAUGGCCGCACUGCUUUGGGAGAUUGGGAUUCCAGCAAUGCAGCGUCUUUAAUCAGAUAUACAGUCAGCAGAAAUUAUACUAUCCACGGCUGGGAGCUUGGAAAUGAAUUGAAUGGAAACGGAAUAGGGCCAGCUAUUUCAGCCGAUCAGUACGCUUAUGAUGUUAUAGCUCUUCACAAAUUAGUGCAAGAUAUAUAUAAAGAGAAGGAUGUUGUGCCAUUAAUCCUUGCACCAGGAGGAAUAUUUGAUGCUAUUUGGUUUCCAAAAUUUAUAAAUAAAGCAUCCAACUCUCUUCAAGUAGUUACACAUCACAUUUACAGUGUUGGUGGAGGCAAUGACCCCAACCUAGUUCAGAAAAUACUUGAACCUUCUCAUCUGGAUGAAGAAUCCAAAUACUUGCAAAAUCUUCAAGGCGUUCUCCGAAAUUCUGGAACUUCAGCUGUAGCAUGGGUUGGUGAAAGUGGAGGAGUUUAUAACAGUGGUCGCAAUCUUGUUUCAAAUAGCUUCGUGUCCAGCUUUUGGUACUUGGAUCAGAUUGGGAUGUCAGCCACGUUCGAUACUAAGAAAUAUUGUCGACAAACAUUGGUUGGUGGCAACUACGGUCUCCUCAACACCACAAACUUUCAUCCAAAUCCUGAUUAUUAUGGUGCUCUUUUAUGGCAUCGUUUGAUGGGAAGGAAUGUUCUAUCGACACAGUUCCAAGGAAUGAAAAAACUGCGCUCAUACGCUCACUGUUCAAAAUCUUCUGAAGGAAUCGCACUGAUGUUGAUCAACAUGCAUGGUAGUACAACAGUUAAUAUUAGUCUUUCAGUCACACUUGCUAACACAAACGAGUCGCCAAUGCUGCUACAAGUCACGAAUGAUCAGAACCCGAGACACGGAAUUGAGAGGGAAGAAUACCACCUUACAGCCAAAGAUGGUGAUUUACAUAGCCAAACAGUGCUUUUGAAUGGAAAGGAACGUAAUGUGGAUCAUUUUGGAAGAAUCCCUCUCUUGAAACCUAUAAGAGUGAACCCCUCUGAUCCAAUUUCCAUUGCUCCUCUUUCAAUUGUAUUUGUUCACAUUCCCACUAUUCAAGUGCCUGCUUGUAGUAUGUCUACUAGAGAGUACAUGUAAGAGUUAUUUC